AUGGUUACAUUUUGGAAAACAUUCAAUAAAUGCUCUUUUGUUUAUUUUAUACUUAUACUUGAGAAUUUUGCUGGAGCCCUGCGUUAUUCCCAGGGCACUGGCGAUGAAAAUUGUGAAACUAUUAAAUCUGAAAUCCAUCUUAUUAAGGAAGAGUUUGAUGAGUUGGGGCGCAUGCAGCGUACCUGCAAUGCUGAUGUUAUAGUCAACAAAUGUGAGGGCCUUUGCAACAGUCAAGUGCAGCCAUCGGUCAUCACACCUACAGGAUUUCUGAAAGAGUGCUAUUGCUGUCGUGAAAGUUUUCUCAAGGAAAAAAUCAUAACUCUUUCACACUGCUAUGAUCCUGAUGGCACUCGUUUAAACUCUCCUGAAAUGGCCACAAUGGAUAUUCGACUAAGAGAGCCAACCGAUUGCAAAUGCUUCAAGUGUGGCGAUUUUACAAGAUAA